GACGCCACCGAGCUGGUUUCCUCUGGUAGGUUGUACGUCUGCGAUACAGCUUAUUAAAAAAAAAAAAAGAACCACGUGAUUAUAAAAUCAUUUCAUAUGUUUCUAGUACGCCUUUACGACCCGAACACGCUUUCUGAAAUUCACGGCGGUCGAGUUUUAAAUGUGAAUGGCGUCCAUUUCAUUCAACCGCUGACAGACUCGUAUGUUAGCUAAAUGCUAAAUGGCGUAGCGCACGAGCGCUUCAGAGGAAGUGGCGGGUGAAGCAGGUCCGCACCUUUUCCGGUAACACAGCGCGGCUGAAGGGGACUGAAGCGAGCGACUAGAGGGGGAGAAAGAGAAGGAGGAAUAACGGAUUUGUUGGAGUCCGCCGCGUUUGGAAGGGAGAAAGAAUACACGGAGAACGGAAACUCGGAUUCAUCAAUGACUUUCGGAGUUUUAUUUCCCUUUGGCUGGUUGUUCUGCUGCUACGACGUUAAGUACACAAUAAUCAGCAUGAACUCUUAAAGGGAAACCCGGGCGCUUGAAUGUGCCGAGAACCGGCGAACAAGGAGGAAGUCUGGACUGCUGUGGACCAGUGAACGGGCCGCUGUGUGUCUGAAGUCUAAAACACACACACACACACAAGGACUGCUGAGGAGUCUUAAGAGCUAAGAACGGAUUUUAAUGAACCUGUCGUUGAGCCACCAGGAAGGACAUCGAGACGUUCAGGGAGGCUGAUUAUAUUCACACACACACACACACACACACACACACACACACUCUCUCUCUCUGUCUCUCUCUUUUUUCUAUUCCUCUAAAGUAUGCAGAUUGAUCUAGCUCAGAAUUUCUACUCAGUAUCAUAGAAGAGCCGUAGUUUUUGGUGCGAAGCAAUAGUUUUGCUGUCUGUUACAGUAUCUAAAAAGCCGAAGUAUUAUAGUAGCACGUAACCCAGCCAAAAGUACGUUACCAAAAAAAAUCCAAAUCUUUUUCUCAGUCGUAAACGUAAUAUAUGCACACCCAACAAGAUGGGGAAAAUGCUUUCAAAGAUCUUCGGAAACAAGGAGAUGAGAAUAUUGAUGCUUGGACUUGACGCAGCCGGUAAGACGACCAUUCUUUACAAACUCAAACUGGGACAGUCAGUCACCACCAUUCCAACUGUGGGCUUCAACGUGGAAACCGUCACAUAUAAGAAUGUGAAGUUUAACGUGUGGGAUGUGGGAGGGCAGGACAAGAUACGACCGCUUUGGCGGCACUACUACACAGGCACACAGGGGCUUAUCUUUGUGGUGGACUGUGCUGACAGAGAUCGCAUUGAUGAGGCCAGACAGGAGCUGCACCGCAUCAUCAAUGACCGUGAGAUGAGGGAUGCCAUCAUUUUGAUCUUUGCCAACAAGCAAGAUCUGCCAGACGCAAUGAAGCCACAUGAGAUCCAAGAGAAGCUCGGCUUGACCCGCAUCCGAGACAGGAAUUGGUAUGUUCAACCCUCGUGUGCUACCACGGGUGACGGACUAUACGAGGGCCUGACCUGGCUCACUUCAAAUUAUAAAUCUUAAUGCACUGUUCACUUGGACUGGUCAGUGCAAGAGAAAUAGAUAAAUGAAAAAAGUAAAAUGAGCAAUGAAAAAAAUUAUAAAAUGGAAGCAUUUAAUAAAUCAUUCCUCUUGCAUAUGUUGGCAAAAAAAUUUGCUUAUAAUCCUGUUUUUUGUUGAUCUUGUUUUUGCCCUGUAACAGUUUUCUUUUACAUUAUCUACCAAUUUUUUUGGCUGGCUCUUAAGUUUGCGUUUGGCACUAUUAGAAUCAUAUUACAUUCAAAUGCCACUUAUUGUCUUUCAAUAUUACAUAAGUGUUCUUUUUGGAUAUAUGGAGAUGUAGAUUUCUUUUGCUCCCAUUAAGAUUUCUUUUUAGUCACUGCGUUUAUUUGAUGCUUGAUCAUAUUUUCUUUUAAUCACCGCACCAUACUUAUGUUGGUAUUCAGCUUGCAUUUUUAUUUCAUUGAACCCAGAUUUUGCCCAUGAAUGUAGUUGGAGUGUCACCCACCGUUCAUUCAACUGUUACACACUCCAAGGUUUCUUUAUUUCUUUCCAAACAUGUUAUCUGUCCUAAAAUGGCAUCAUGUUACAAGAAUCCAGAAAUGUAAAGAUCAAAUUUUGUGACACUGGCUGAUUUUUUUUUUUUUCUUCUAUAUUUGAGUUAGUGGAGAUUGAUUAGUAAAUGAGUAUUAAAAUUGUCUGGCUUCUUCUCUUGGGAAGCACAAACAAAAGGUGUUUCACAAGAGAUGAGCUAAAUUCACAGAGGGAGCAGUGCAUGUAAUGGUGUCACAGAGGGAACAAGUACAAGGGCCAUUCACAUUUCUCUUCUGACCUUGUGCCCUAAAAAGUGUUUACUAACACUACUACCUUUUAGUCAUCUGGAUCUUUCAUGGUGCUCUGGAUUCUGAUAUGCAAAUACAAUACUCCUCAGCUACAGAAUGCAGUCAGACAAGGUUAUUACAAUCAGUGCUUUCUUGUAUUAUUUAGAAUAAUUUGUUAUGCUGAAAAAAAACAUGUUCCAGUUCAACAAUGUAGUAAAGAAGAGAAAUUUUAAAACCACCUCACACAGGAGCAAUUUAAGUAAAGAAAAUGGUUUCAGUAUUAGGUCAUGAUUGGCCUGUUUUAAUUCAAUGUCCUUCUGAGUUCUUCUUUUAUACUUUGUGGAUGGACUGUUUCAUCAUAACUACAGACUUCUAUAUGCAACAUGAUGAUCUCUUGCUUGGUAUAGCAAAUUAAACAAAACCCAAAGUUCAUCAAUUCAA